AUGACCACUGUUUUGGACAAACAGGAUCCACUGGGGGAUGUUGAGACUUGGAGUGAGUCUGUGGACAAAGUCCUCAGUUGUAAAGCUGGACAGAUAGCUUUCCGGGAGUUCCUGAAGUCCGAGUAUAGCGAGGAGAACAUUCUCUUUUGGCUCGCCUGUGAGGAAUAUAAAAAAAUCAAGACGGUGCCAGAGAUGAUCUCCUCUGCCAACAGGAUCUACUCAGAGUUUGUCCAAACAGAAGCGCCCAGACAGAUCAACAUAGAUUGCGGUACCAGAGAAAACAUAACCAAGAACAUCUCCCAGCCUUCCCUGACUUCGUUUGAUACGGCACAGAAGCUCAUCUACUCUCUGAUGGCCAGGGAUUGCUACCCGCGCUUCCUAAAAUCUGACAUCUAUCAGGGACUCCUGAGGAGAACUGAUUCAAGGUGA